ACCAAUGUCAAUGCGUUGACAUUGAAGGUUAAAUGCCGGUUAUGGCAACGACUACCGACGUUUAGUUCGCUGUCGAAUUUCGGUGCGCGCGCAACACUUCCAGCAUCCCGACAUCCCGACAUUCGACAUGGCACCACGUCACAUCCUCAAGCUGAGCCUCGAGGAGCAGCGCCAGUUCAUCGACUCCUUUGACCUGGUCAUCAGCGAUUGUGAUGGCGUCGUUUGGCUCCUGGUUGGCUGGAUACCGGGCACGGGUGCGGCUGUCAAUGCCCUCAAAGCAGCCGGCAAGCAAAUCAAAUUCGUGUCCAACAAUAGCUUCCGUUCGGAGGCGGACUACAUGGAGAAGUUCCGAUACAUCGGCGCUGAGAAUGUCCACGAGGAUGAUGUCGUUCAUCCGGUGAAGACCAUAGUUCGCUACCUGCAGAAGCAUAAUCCCGGCGAGAGGGUCUACUCCCUCAUGUCCUUGGAGGCGAAUGAAACGUUGCGUAAGCACAACAUCGAAUACGAGUCCCUGAACAUCAAGGAGCACCUGACGGCCGCCACACUGGUGGACUACCUGGCCAUUGAGAAGCCCGUGGGUGCUGUCCUGUUCGACAUCCACCUGGACAUGUCGUAUGUGGAGCUGGCCAAGGCCAUUCGUCACUUGCAGGAGAAUCCCGACUGCAAGCUAAUUGCCGGUGGCAGUGAUGUGAUUAUGCCGCUGGCGGAGAAUCUCAAUGUGGCCGGAUUCUUUGAUUUUCUGGAGCAUGUGAAGCGCUAUACUGGCCGGGAGGCCACAUUCCUGGGCAAACCGUCGCCCAUUCUCGGCGAGAUGUUUGGCGAAAUGUUCGAGAUUGGGGAGCCGAAGCGUUGCAUCUUCAUUGGGGACACCCUCGUCCAGGAUGUGCAGUUUGGCAAGUCCUGUGGCUUCCAGUCGCUGCUCGUCCUAAGCGGUUGCCUCACCAAGGAGGACAUGCUCAACGCCCCCGUGGAGUCCCAACCGGACUACUAUGCCGAUAGCUUGGCGGAUUUCACGCAGCUGCUGAAGAACCUGCAGUAGUCUCCUCCAUCUGUCCUUGUCUUUUCGGAGGAGGAACAGAAGCCGAACCGAAGCCACCGUUAAUACAAACACUAAUAUUUCAAACUAGCAAGUACAAAUGUUAUAAAAAGGUCAUCAACUGAACAAACUAUACAAUCUUUGCAAUAAAAUUGUUGAGCUUAAAAGUUAA